GCUGAGGAUGAGGAGGAUGAGGACCAGCCUCUGAGCCUGUCCUGGCCAGAUACCAUGCGCAAGCGUUUCACCUACCUCUUAAUCAUGCCCAUCAUCUUCCCUCUGUGGCUAACACUGCCUGAUGUCAGGAAACCAGUAAGUGCUUCCCCUCCAUUUCUAUCUCUUACUGUUUCAGUUUGUCAGAUAGAGAAUUAGCCUGUGUCCCUAUAUAGUGCACUACACCCUAUGGGCCUUGGUCAAAGGUAGUAUAGGGAAUAGGGUGCCAUUUGUGACACAAACAUAGAGAGAAAGACUCAUGUUUGGUAUGAAAUCUAUUUGUCUAUUUAUUUUGCUAUAACUGGUAAUUGUGUGAUGUGUUAUCUGUAAUACCAUAGUAUUGAGGCUUCAUUUCUGUCAUUUCCAUCUUUAUAGUAACUAUAGCUUUUUCCUCCUUUGUCUAACAGACUGCAAAGAAGUUCUUUCCCAUCUCAUUUCUGGGUUCUAUCUGUUGGAUUGCUGGAUUCUCCUACUUAAUGGUGUGGUGGGCUCACCAGGUAUGUGGAGUGUUAAAUUAAUUGAACCGUUAAGGGUUUUUCACACUACUGAGCCUUACCGAACCAAGCCAAACCAAGCUGUAAUAAGCUGGUCUGGUUGUGCAUAGGGUUAUGGCGGUCAUAAAGUUUUGUCAGCCGGUGAUUGUCAAGCACAUAACUGCCGUUCUCACGGUAAUUGACUGUUAAUUAACAUAAACAAGUUUAGCAUCUCCUGGCUUCCACACAUAGCCUACAAGCUACUGAUGCAGAACUUUGGAACGUCUACAUUUAAAAAAGUAUAAUAAAUCCAUUUAAUAUGGCCUACACCAUCACAAUAAAUCCAUUAUUUAUUUUAGACAGGUCUAAAGAAGCAUGAUAUGAAGAACAUUUACUCUAUUUCAGAAGAACAGAAUAGCAUACUCUGAGCUGUCCUUAUGUUAGGCCCUGAUAUGGCUAUGCCAUACAGCUGUGGGCGACACUAGUUCAUUUAGCAGACAGGAUUUGCUUAGAAUUCCAUGGCAUACUUUUUUAUUAUUUUAUAGUAUGAAGAAUACAAUUGAACAUAACUUAAUAAAAUAGAAAGGCUAUAUUCUCCAAACGAUUUCAAAGGAUGUGCGCACAUGCGGCUAUUCUGUGUUGAGCGGUUAACAAAGAAACUGGUCCUCCUACAGGAAAUGCUUAAUUUAGAGUUAUUUAUGCAACUUUAGUUGUGAUACAAACAUUGGGCUAUAUGUUUGGAUUUUUAAUACAUUCUAAGGCUGUAUGAUGGGACUCUAAUGAUGAUUUGAAAAAAGUUGCAUGAAAUGCAUGAGCUUUGAUUUGUUUCUUGUGCAAGCCGCACACACUUCAUCAGUCUCUCAUUUACAAUUUGACAAGCACGUGAUAAUAUUCACCAGGCCUCGAAUUUCCAGGCUGCAUCCCCCUUAUGUGGCCAUAAUGCCCCCUAAAAAGUCCAUGCCUUUUGCGGCCACAGUGGCCGUUGUUCCCUUGGACUAAAUAUAAUAAUUAUAAUUCCCUUCUCCCAGGUGCCGUGCACCAAAGCACCUCUCACUCCCAUUGCUGUCUCAGAUAUCUCAAUUCUUAUUAACCAAUGCCCAUCACAUGAUCGGGUCCUUCUCACAGGCAUUUCAGCAAAGAAGUAGGCUACAAGUGAAUGAAGACAGACACAUAUUUGACACAUAUUGAAGAUGUUAGAACUGUCAACAUUUAGCCUACUUUUCGUCAGCCAGCAAGUUAUCCUGCCUCUCGCCCGUCCUUAAAGGGUUCUCCAAAUACUGUGAUGCGUGGGAGUGGGCGGAUUUUCUCGUCCUUCUCGCUAGCCGUGAUUUUGGGCAGCUCCAUGGUAAGAAAUGUCACUGUUCCUGGUGCAAAAACAUUCCUAUCCCGGAGCUCCAGUAAAUGACAUUACUAAGCUGCUCCCGAAUGUACUACGUCAGGACAUGGAAAUCAAUUCCAUCGUAGUCCAUGUGGGUUUUAAUGACAUUAUGAAGGGCAGCUCUGAACAGUUGAAACUGGAUUUUAAAGAGCUGAUUGAUUCUCUGCUAGACACUAAUAAAAUACGCAUAAUAUCUGGCCUUGUGCCCUCUCUGAAUCGUGGCAUUGGAAUGCUUUAGCAGGAUUUUUCACUUCACAACUGGCUACGUGAUUAUUGCAGCUCAAUGAGUAUAACUUUUGUUGACAAUUUCGAUACCCCCGAAUAAUUUGGGUUCCUGGAUCCUUUCACAACAUUAUAAGGCUGCGUUGAGACAAUGAUUUAUCAAUGACCCAAGCCCAACUCAAUUCAUCCCUACCAUUGUGUUGCUGAGUUGUCAUAAUGCUUCAGCAAAUGUACAUUAUCCCAGGGGCAUUGGUAGACACAAUGUAAGUAACCUAAUUUAUGUCCCUCUAACUGCCCUGAAUGCCUCUGCUGAUCCUACAGCUAUUGUAUGCAGUAAUCAUGUGCCUAUGAACCAGAGUUAUACUGUUAGCACUGAGGCGGUGUGCCCUAGCAGGAAGUCCACUGUGUGCAGCUCACUCUGCACUAACAUAUAUAACAUGAGCAUAUGUAUUUCUGCUAAGAUUCCCAGUAUAGCAAUAAAAACAAUAAAGCAUCCCAGAAAAGUGCUAAAAAUAGCCCAUGUUAACAAUUGUAGCUUAAGAAACAAGGUUGAUGAACUCAAUAAUUUGCUACUAACCGAUGACAUUCAUAUUCUGACUAUCACUGAAACAAUACCUUUGAUGAUACAGUGGUAGCAAUACAUGGUUAUAACAUCUACAGAAAAUACAGAAAUGCCAAUGACCACCAAGUGCUAACAGUCCGUAUCUGUGUGAAAUGAUUGAUAAUGUGCAGUGAGGGGAAAAAAAUAUUUGAUCCCCAGCUGAUUUUGUACGUUUGCCCACUGAGAAGAAAUGACCAGUCUAUAAUUUAAUGGUAGGUUUAUUUGAACAGUGAGAGACAGAAUAACAACAAAAAAAUCCAGAAAAACGCAUGUCAAAAAUGUUAUAAAUUGAUUUGCAUUUUAAUGAGGGAAAUAAUUAUUUGACCCCUCUGCAAAACAUUACUUAGAACUUGGUGGCAAAACCCUUGUUGGCAAUCAUAGAGGUCAGACGUUUCUUGUAGUUGGCCACCAGGUUUGGUGGCCACCAGGUUUGCACACAUCUCAGGAGUCAUUAAGGUUUCGGGGCUGACGUUUGGCAACUCAAACCUUCAGCUCCCUCCACAGAUUUGGUGACUAUGGUCCCAGCAGGGGAUCAAAUACUUUUUUCCCUCACUGUAUGUGUUAUCAACAGAGAGGUAUAUUUUCUGGGUGAUUUAAAUAUUGACUGGCUUUCAUCAAGCUGCCCACUCAAGAAAAAGCUUCAAACUGCAACCAGUGCCUGCAACCUGGUUCAGGUUAUCAGUCAACCUACCAGCGUAGUUACAAACAGCACAGGAAUGAAACCAUCAACAUGUAUUGAUCACUUCUUUACUAAUGCUGCAGAAAUUUGCUUUAAAGCAGUAUCCAAAUCCAUUGGAUGUAGUGAUCACAAUAUAGUAGCCAUAUGUAGGAAAACCAAAAUUACAAAGGCUGGGCCUAAUAUAGUGUACAAGAGGUCAUAUAAUACAUUUUAUAGUGAAUCCUAUUGUCAGGGGUGCUGAAGGUGGGUGUGGUGCAGGAAUCAAGCGCAGGACGCAGAAGCUAAGUCCAAAAGGCUUUAGUGAAUUAUUCAUGUAGUACACGAGCACAAUAAGCCCGGAGGCGAAAUAAAGGCGCACACAGGCGUCAAACAAAAGGCGCACGAACAUGUGCGAAAACCUCUCCAAACAACGGAGGGAAGUACGCAGCUCAGAACACCAAAACAGAAGAGCAAUCACACACAACACCAUACACACACAACGAGAACUAAAUAGGACACUAAUGAGGACUAACUAGACACAGGUGUACAACAUCAAGACAAAACCAAACGAACAUGAAACAUAGAUCGGUGGCAGCUAGUACUCCGGGGACGACGACCGCCGAAACCUGCCCGAACAAGGAGGAGGAGCAGCCUCGGCCGAAACCGUGACACCUAUGUUCUUGAUGUAAAUUAUAUUUGUUGGUCUAUGGUGUGUAAUGAGGAGCAACCAGACGCUGCACUUGACACAUUUAUGAAAUUGCUUAUUCCAGUUACAAAUAAGCAUGCACCCAUUAAGCAAAUUACUGUAAAAACUGUUUGAUAAGGAAUUGAACAUUUUAGAGGGAUUAGGCAAAAGGAAUGGCUGUGAUGAGUGUAAUAGAUAACCUCCCGAGUGGCGCAGUGGUCUAAGGCACUGCAUCGCAGUGCUAGCUGUGCCACUAGAGAUCCUGGUUUGAAUCCAGGCUCUGUCGUAGCCGGCCGUGACCGGGAGACCCAUGGGGCGGCGCACAAGUCGGCCAGGGUAGGGGAGGGAAUGGCUGGCAGGGAUGUAGCUCAGUUGGUAGAGCAUGGUGUUUGCAACGCCAGGGUUGUGGGUUCGAUUCCCACGGGGGUCCAGUAUUAAAAAAAUAUAAAAAACAUAAAAUAUGUAUGCACUCACUAACUGUAAGUCACUCUGGAUAAGAGCGUCUGCUAAAUGACGUAAAUGUAAAUGAUAGAAGGAGUCAGGCGCAGGAGGGUAAUCACCGAAUGCAGAGUUUUUUGACACGGACUGUUAGCACUUGGUGGUCACUGUUAUCUAUCACACUCAUCACAGCCAUUCGUUUGUCACUCCCAUAAAUAUUUUUUAUGGGAGGGACAAACGAAACAGGCACAGGGGAAAAUCUACCCUGGCAAUACAAGGUAAUGGUAGCUCCAACAAUAACAGGCACAGGGGAAAUAUCUACCCCGGCAAUAACAAGGUACGAGUAAAUCCACCGAGCUACACUACUCUCACAGUCAAUCAAUCACCCACAAGGACAAGGGGGGCAGAGGGAACACUUAUACACAGACUAAUGAGGGGAUAAGAACCAAGUGUGUGUGAUGAAAAGACAAGACAAAUGGAAUGAUGAAUAAUGGAGCGGCAGUGGCUAGUAAGCCGGUGACGAACAAGGAGGGGAGGCAGCCCCUCGUGUCGUGACAAUGGCAAAUAAGUCUGGCCGCACAACCGAUUGGCAAAUGUACUGCAAAUUUAGAAAUCAUGUGACUAAACAAAAUAAAAAGAAGAAGAAAAUAUAUUAUGAAACAAAUAUAAAUGAUGUAAAGAAUGAUAGUAAAAAGCUUUGGAGCACCUUAAAUGAACAUUCGGGCUAAAACAGGCAAACUCAGCUCCAUUAUUAAUGUUUUUUUUAAUUGGCAAGAUUAGCAAAUGUAGGCAUGACAUGCCAACUACAAACGCUGGCACUACACAUCCAAGUAUUACUGAUCAAAUUAUGAAAGACAAGCAUUGUAAUUUUGAAAUCCGUAAAGUGAGUGUGGAAGACAUGAAAACAGUAUUGUUGUCUAUUAACAAUGACAAGCCACCGGGGUCUGACAACUUGGAUGGAAAAUUACUGAGGAUAGUAACGGACGAUAUUGCCACAUCUUCAAUCUAAGCCUACUAGAAAGUGUGUGCCCUCAGACCUGGAGGGAAGCAAAAGUAAUUUAGCUACCCAAGAAUAUUAAAGCCCCCUUUACUGGCUCAAAUAGCCGACAAAUCAGCCUGUUACCAACCCUUAGUAAACUUUUUGAAAAAAUUGUGUUUGACCAGAUACAAUGCUAUUUUACAGUAAACUAAUUGACAACAGACUUUCAGCAUGCUUAUAGGGAAGGACAUUCAACAAGCACGACACUUACACAAAUGACUGUUGAUUGGCUAAGAGAAAUUGAUGAUAACAAGAUUGUGGGAGCUGUUUUGUAAGACUUCAGUGCGGCUUUAAAUGGGUGACAAAUUAUAAGUUAGUCCUAAAUAUUUCCAAAACUUAAAGCAUUGUAUUUGGGACAAUUCAUUCACUAAACCCUAAACCUCAACUAAAUCUUGUAAUAAAUAAUGUGGAAAUUGAGCAAGUUGAGGUGACUAAACUGCUUGGAGUAACCCUGGAUUGGUCAAAACAUGUUGAUGCAACAGUAGGUAAGAUGGGGAGAAGUCUGUCCAUAAAAAGUGCUUCUCUGCCUUAUCAACAAGGCAGGUCCUACAGGCCCUAAUUUUGUCGCACCUGGACCACUGUUCAGUCAUGUGGUCAGGUGCCACAAAGAGGGACCUCCGAAUAUUACAAUUGGCUCAGAACAGGGCAGCAUGGCUGGCGCUUAGAUGUACACAGAGAGCUAACAUUAAUAAUAUGCAUGUAAAUCUCUCAUGACUCAAAGUGGAGUGACUUCAUCAAUACUUGUUUUUGUAACAAGUGUUGACAUGCUGAUUGCACCGAUGUGUCUGUUUAAACUACUAACACACAGCUCGGACACCCAUGCAUACCCCACCAGACAUGCCACCAGAGUUCUCUUCACAAUCCCCAAGCCAAGAACAGACUAUGGGAGGUGCAAAGUACUACGUAGAGCAAUGGCUACAUGGAACUAUAUUCCACAUCAGGUAACUCAUGUAAGCAGUAGAAUCAGAUUUAAAAAACAGAUAAAUAACAUGGAAAAGUGGGGACUGUGAAGAGACACUCAGGCACAGACAGAUGCUUAUACAUACACAUGAUAAGACAUGCACUCUACACACACAUACACAUAGAUUUUGUAUUGUAGAUAUGUGGUAGCAGAGUAGUGGCCUGAGGGAACACAAUGUGUUGUGAAAAGUGUUAUGAAAUGUAAUGUCAUGUAAUAUUUUAAAUUGUAUAUAACUGCCUUGAUGUUGCUGGACCACAGGAAGAGUAGCUGCUGCCUUGAGGAUCCUUAAUAAAUACAAAUAUAAAUGAAAGAGUGCAGUGUAUAAAGUCAGAACAUCUGCUAUCUCAGCCACUGCCUGUCAUCAAGGGAGUACACCAAGGCUCGAUCCUAAGCCCCACGCUCUUCUCAAUUUACAUCAACAAUAUAGCUCAGGCAGUAGGAAGCUCUCUCAUCCAUUUAUAUGCAGAUGAUACAGUCUUAUACUCAGCUGGCCCCUCUCCAGAGUUUGUGUUAAACGCUCUACAACAAAGCUUUCUUAGUGUCCAACAAGCUUUCUCUGCCCUUAACCUUGUUCUGAACACUUCCAAAACAAAAGGUCAUGUGGUUCAGUAAGACGAUUGCCCCUCUCCCCACCAGUGUGAUUACUAACGCUGAGGGUUUAGAGCUUGAGGUAGUCACCUCAUAUAAGUACUUGGGAGUAUGGCUAGACAGUACACUGUCCUUCUCUCAGUACAUAUCAAAGCUGCAGGCUAAGGUUAAAUCUAGACUUGGUUUCCUCUAUCGUAAUCACUCCUCUUUCACCCCAGCUGCCAAACUAACCCUGAUUCAGAUGACCAUCCGACCCAUGCUAGAUAACGCAGACGUAAUUUAUAGAUUGGCAGGUAAGGGUGCUCUCGAGUGGCUAGAUGUUCUUUACCAUUCGGUCAUCAGUUUUGCCACCAAUGCUCCUUAUAGAACACAUCACUGCACUCUGUACUCCUCUGUAAACUGGUCAUCUCUGUAUACCCAUCGCAAGACCCACUGGUUGAUGCUUAUUUACAAAACCCUCUUAGGCCUCACUCCCCCCUAUCUGAGAUACCUACUGCAGCCCUCAUCCUCCACAUACAACACCCGUUCUGCCAGUCACAUUCUGUUAAAGGUCCCCAAAGCACACACAUCCCUGUGUCGCUCCUCUUUCCAGUUCGCUGCAGCUAGCGACAGGAACGAGCUGCAAAAAACACUCUGGACAGUUUUAUCUCCAUCUCUUGUAUUCUAAGACUCAAUCAUGGACACUCUUACUGACAGUGGUGGCUGCUUCGCGUGAUGUAUUGUUGUCUCUACCUUCUUGCCCUUUUUGCUGUUGUCUGUGCCCCAUAAUGUUUGUACCAUGUCUUGUGCUGGUGCUGCUACCAUGUUGUGCUGCUACCAUGUUGUUUUCAUGUUGGGUUGCUACCUUGCUGUGUUGUCGUGUGUUGCUGCCAUGCUAUCUUGUUGUCUUAGGUCUCUCUUUAUGUAGUGUCUCUUUAUAUAUUCUCUCUCUUGUUGUGAUGUGUUUUUGGUCCUAUAUUUAUAUAUAUUUAUUGAUUUAAUCCCAGCCUCCGUCCCCGGCGGGAGGCCUUUUGCCUUUUGGUAGGCCGUCAUUGUAAAUAAGACUUUGUUCUUAAAUGACUUGCCUAAUUAAAUAAAGGUUAAAUAAAAAAUAAAAAUAAAUGAGUAGGCCUAAAGAACAGCACUAGCCUAUGUCAAUCUACUAUCCCCCAUAGUACAAAAGUUGACCUAUUCUAAUUUAAUACAUUUUUACAUUUUAGUCAUUUACAUUUAGCAGACGCUCUUAUCCAGAGCGACUUACAGUUAGUGAGUGCAUACAUUUUCAUACUGGUGAAUAAUGGUAAAUAAAUAUUCCAAACAUACUUGUGGGAUGCGAUAGAUCCCAAAUGAAUAAAACCACUCGCAUCAAAACAUUUUUUAAAAGCAAUGAGGCUGAUGCAACAGAUCAGAACAUUUAGCUUAAAAGGUUGAUAAACUGUUAAGCUAUUUCUUCACAUUAUACGUGCAGCAAUGCACACAUGGCAGUAGGCUAUAAGCGUGAAUGUUCCAAAAUGCAUUCAAUUAGCGGGAAAAAAACUGUUCUCAAAAAAAUGAUUAUGCAUGUGAUGCUUUAUUAUAAAGUUGCAUUUUUAUGGUGAAAAUGAUCUUCCCCAAACUUGAAACUCAAUCGCAGCCUAUGCCAGUUAGGCUUUAUACCGGUUAUAAAGCGGUUUAAUGUGCUUAAUUUUAAGAAGGUAUUUGGCCACUUUAGUUGUGAUAUAUACACAUAGGCCUAUGGGCUUGCAUACAUGAGGUGUGCGACUAUGAUUUGAAUUAGUCGCACAUAAAAGGCAUGCGCUGUUUCUUUCCUUAUUGCACAAGCUGGGCAUCAUUCACAAGUGAUAAUACAUCAUUCACAAGUGAUAGGUUAAUAUUGUCACCCAUCAGACUAUUCUUAAUUGAAUGUUGCCUUUACAUAUAUUAAAUAAUAUAUGUGUGCAAUUAGUUUUGAUUUUGAAUGGACUAUUAUCAUGCACCUGUCUCGGAACAGGGGCAUGAAAAAAAAAAAGUAAUCUAUGCACUGCAAUAGCGAAUGGAGGACGCUUUUCCCGUGGUUCAUUUUCAUACCAGCCAGGUAGGCUAUACUCCUGUUUUAAAGCGAAACAAUAUGCUUAAUAUUAGGAAAGUUGAUAAAUAAAUAUAGUAGGCCUUGCCUAUAGAAAGCGGAUGGGAUCCUCCUCUUUUUAAUAGAGGUGUGAUGAGAUGAUGUCGAAGGAGUCAGGCGCAGGAGGGUAAAUCACAGAAUAACAGGCUUUAUUCCACAACCACAGAGUUACGCAGUAAUGCGUCAAAAACACUCCAGUGCGCAAAACAGGCGCACUGGAAAACACAAGGCACACAGGAAAAUAUCCAGGCGAUACAAAAUACAAGGAGCUCCAUCGAGCUUCACUAUCCUCCACAAUAAACAAUCACACACAAAGACAACUGGGCAGAGGGAACACUUAUACAGGUACUGAUGAGGGGAUAUGAACCAGGUGUGUGUAAUAAACAAGACAAAACAAAUGGAAUGAUGAGAUGAGGAGCGGCAGUGGCUAGAAGGCCGGUGACGACGAACGCCGAAGCCUGCCCGAACAAGGAGAAGUGGCAGCUUCGGAGGAAGUUGUGUUGCGUCACAGCCACUGCUGUUCCAUUAUCUAAUUUUACUGCUUGUAUGAGUUACUUGAUGUGGAAUAGAGUUCCAUGUAGUCAUGGCUCUAUGUAGUAUUAUGUGCCUCCCAUAGUCUGUUCUGGACUUUGGGACUGUGAAGAGACCUCUGGUGGCAUGUCUUGUGGGGUAUGCAUGUGUGUCUGUAGGACCAGCCUUGUUGAUAGUGCUGUUAAGAAUGCAGAGUAGCGCUUUAUUAUAGACAGACUUCUCACCAUCUUAGCUACUGUUGUAUCAAUAUGUUUUGAUCAUGACAGUUUACAAUUCAGGGUUACUCCAAGCAGUUUAGUCACCUCAACUUGCUCAAUUUCCACAUUAUUCAUUACAAGAUUUAGUUGAGGUUUAGGGUUUAGUGAAUUAUUUAUUCCUUGCCACCCAUUCUGAAACUAACUGCAACUCUUUGUUAAGUGUUGUCAGAGUGAUUAGAAGGACAAUAGAGUGCUGAGUACUAGGCAGUUAGCAAGUUUGGUAGACUACUAAUGACCAUCAGCAGCAUCAGAGCUUGGAGAAGCAUAAUUACCGUGACUAAACGGUCACGUGGAAUUUGAAUGCCGUCAUGACUUGUGACCACCAGUGUGGCGGUAAUACGGUCACCGUAACAGCCCUAGUUAUGCACACACCAUAGUUGCUGAAAAAUGCAAGAUGGUUCAGUACUACAUUUAGUGAAAUCAUGUUGCCUUUAGUGAAGACACUAAACCACCUCCUCACACAGAACAGAACACAAGCGUGUUCACAAGCAAGUGGGAGGACGUAUAGGUCAUUAGAAAAGUAGAGGGAUAUUCAGAGGGUUAGAAUGCUGUGGGAUUGUUAUUAGCAGCUUUCCGUGAAAUGUAUUCAGGCUAAGACCUGUAUGCCAUUCAAAGCUAGACAGCACCAAAUAGUCAGAGUGCCAAAAUAUCCUCUGUCCCCAAAUACUGGGAUUUUCUCCUUAUCAUGCAUGUUAACAGAAUGGAAAAAAAUUAACAAAAAAUAAGUCCAAAGUAUAGCUCACUGUGUAAUUCCUUAAACCUCACCUCUACUCAACCUCUCAGCGAAGAAAAAAAAGAUGUUGUUUUAUUUACCCAAUAUUUUUCUCUUUUCUCUCUACAGGUUGGAGAGACCAUUGGGAUUACAGAAGAGAUUAUGGGUUUGACUAUAUUAGCAGCUGGUACCUCCAUCCCUGACCUAAUCACCAGUGUCAUUGUUGCACGGAAGGGACUGGGGGACAUGGCUGUGUCCAGCUCUGUGGGCUCCAACAUCUUUGACAUCACUGUUGGGUACGCUGAUGUCAUCAGUACUGUGACCACUCUUAUAUCUAAUUACUCAUUUAUUUUGAUAUCUGUUAGUUUCACAUUUUGAACAUUGUUUAUUAUAAGAUUAUUCUUAUUAGCAUUCUCGCAGUGCUGGGGGAAGUUUUUACAUAUUACAUAAUAACAGUCAUAUUACUUUGUUCUUAUCCAAUAAGUAGCUUUCGGUUUACUUGGGAUUCACUAAAACCACAAUAAUUACACUUAGGUACCAUUUUCAUAAGAAUUAUUUCCAUCUAUAUGAUAAAUGCUUGCCAGAUAUAAUAUGUUGUAAAAGUUCACUGAACUAUGUUGUAUUCUCAAAUUUGUUUGAUUGAAUAAGGUUUGCCCAUGGGGGACAUGGAAGUUCCCACUACUCAACUUUUCAGUCAGUGUUACCUGAACUAAAACAUUUUAGUUCGCCCAAACCUAGCUCCAACAUGAGAAAACGUAGUGAAAAAUUAUGUCAACUUAAAAUGAUGUGUUUGCUCAAUUUGUCUCAUAUGUUCAUUCAACUAGAAAUUAUUAUUUAUAUUUGUCAUUUUACCUAAGAAAAGGCUGUGGAACUAGUUACACACAGUACUGUUAACAUACAAUGUUUUCAACUUAUAUAUUUGACACACAUGCUUACAUUGUGCAUGUUAAUGAAAAGCUGAAAUGUCUUGAGUCAAUAAGUAUUCAACUCCUUUGUUAUGGCAAACCUAAAUAAGUUCAGGAGUAAACAUUUGCUUAACAAGUCACAUAACUUGCAUGGAAUCACUCUUUGUGCAAUAAUAGUGUUAAACAUGAUUUUUGAAUUAUUCUACCUCGUCUCUGUACCCCACAUAUACAAUUAUCUGUAUGGUCCCUCAGUCGAGCAGUGAAUUUCAAACACAGAUUCAACCACUAAGACCAGGGAGGUUUUCCAAUGCCUCUCAAAGAAGGGCAGUUAUUGGUAGAUGGGUAAAAAAUUAAAGCAGACAUUGAAUAUCCCUUUGAUCAUGGCAAAGUUAUUAAUUACACAUUGGAUGGUGUAUCAAUACACCCAGUCACUACAAAGAUACAGGCGUCCUUCCUAACUCAGUUGCCAGAGAGGAAGGAAACCGCUCAGGGAUUUCAUCAUGAGGCCAAUGGUGACUUUAAAACAAUUACAGAGUUUAAUGGCUUUGACAGGAGAAAACUGAGGAUGGAUCACAUGCAUACACACACGCAUGAUAACAUACGCACUGUACACACACGUACACAUGGAUUUUGUGUUGUAGUUAUGUGGUAGUAAAGGCCUUGCCUUGGCAGCAGCUAAUGGGGAUCCAUAAUAAAUACAAAAUACAAAUACAAACAUUUUAGUUACUCCACAAUACUAUCCUAAUUGACAUAGUGAAAAGAAGGAAGCCUGUACAGAAUACAAAUAUUUCAAACCAUGCAUCGUGUUUGCAACAAGGCACUAAAGUAACACUUCAGAAAAUAUGUAAAAGCAAUUAACAUUUAUUUAUUUAUUUAUUCAUCACUACAGAUCGAACCCGGAUCUGUAGCGAUGCCUCAAGCACUGCAGUGCCUUAGACCGCUGCACCACUCGGGAGGCCCCAGCAAUUUACUUUUUGUCCUGAAUACAUAGUGUUAUGUUUGGGGCAAAUCCAAUACAACACAUUACUGAGUACCACUCUCGAUAUUUUCAAGCAUGGUGGUGGCUGCAUCAUGUUAUGGGUAUGCUUGUAAUCGUUAAGGACUGGGGAGUUUUUCAGGAUAAAAUAUAAAGAAUGGAGCUAAGCACAGGCAGAAUGCUAGAGGAAAACCUAGUUCCGUCUGCUUUCCACCAGACACUGGGAGAUUAAUUUACCUUUCAGCCGGACAAUAACCUAAAACACAAGGUCAAAUCUACACUGGAGUUGCUUACCAAGAAGACAGUGAAUGUUCCUGAGUGGCAUAGUUACAGUUUUGACUUAAAUCUACUUGAAAAUAUAUGGCAAGACCUGAAAAUGGUUGUCUAGCAAUGAUCAACAACCAAUUUGACAGAGCUCGAAGAAUUUUGAAAAGAAUAAUGGGCAAAUGUUGCACAAUCCGGGUGUGGAAAGUUCUUAAAGACUUACCCAUAAAGACUCACAGCUGUAAUCGCUGCCAAGGGUGCUUCUACAAAGUAUUGACUCAGGGGUGUGAAUACUUAUGUAAAUAAGAUAUUUCUGUAUUUCAUUUUCAAUACAUUUGCAAAUAUUCCUAAAAACAUGUUUUCACUUUGUGUGUUUGUGUGUGCGUGUGUGUGUUUAUUUUGUGUGUUUCAGCCUGCCAUUCCCAUGGCUCCUCUGGUCCAUCAUCAACAACAUGCAGCCUGUGGCGGUGAGUUCUAACGGGCUGUUCUGCGCCAUUGUGUUGCUGUUCCUCAUGCUCAUCUUCGUCAUCAUCUCAAUUGCUGCCUGCAAGUGGCGGAUGAGCAAGCUGCUGGGCUUCAUCAUGUUCGUGCUCUACUUAGUGUUCCUGGUGGUCAGCGUUAUGCUGGAAGACAAGAUCAUCGCCUGCCCUAUAUCCAUCUGA